GUACACGCACACACGCACACAGAGACGAACACAUUUGUAGAAGCGUAAUUAAAUAAUCCUAAUCCGGGUGAUUACGUAUCACCAGUACACCGUCAUUCUGACAUCAACGUCCAUCCUUCAUCAUCCAUCAUCCAUCCAUCCUUCAACCAUCCAUCCUCCAUCGCCUCGCAUCCUGCGGUGUGUUGCUCACAACACCACCGAGUUCCCACAAUGCUCAGCGAGAAGGACCACCAAGAUGGCUGACGCUAUGGAGGAGUACGAGACAGAAGCAGGCUGCGUCCCAGUCCUGCACCCCGAGGAGAUGAAGCCCCAGACCCACCAUCACAGUGGUAGCCAUGGUUACAGCAGUGACAACACGGCGCGCAAGAGCCACGUGGACGACUACAGCACCUGGGACAUCGUCAAGGCAACGCAGUACGGUAUUUUCGAGCGGUGUCGGGAGCUUGUGGACGCAGGAUAUGACGUCAGACAGCCGGACAAGGAGAACGUCACACUGCUCCACUGGGCCGCCAUCAACAACAGAAUAGACCUGGUCAAGUUCUACAUAUCUAAGAGUGCGGUGGUGGACCAGCUGGGAGGAGACCUCAACUCCACACCUCUGCACUGGGCCACAAGACAGGGCCACCUCUCCAUGGUGGUCCAGCUGCUGAAGUACGGCGCCGACCCCUCCCUGAUCGACGGCGAGGGCUGCAGCUGCGUCCACCUUGCAGCGCAGUUCGGCCACACCUCCAUCGUUGCCUACCUCAUCGCCAAGGGACAGGACGUGGACAUGAUGGAUCAGAACGGCAUGACCCCUCUGAUGUGGGCCGCCUACAGGACACACAGUGUGGACCCCACCCGUCUCCUGCUGACCUUCAACGUGUCGGUGAACCUGGGGGACAAGUACCACAAGAACACGGCGCUGCACUGGGCCGUGUUGGCGGGCAACACCACCGUGAUCAGCCUGCUGCUGGAGGCCAACUCCAACGUGGACGCCCAGAACAUCAAGGGGGAGACGCCCCUGGACCUGGCCAAGCAGAGGAAGAACGUGUGGAUGAUCAACCACCUGCAGGAGGCCCGUCAGGCCAAGGGCUACGACAGCCCGUCCUACCUGAAGAGGCUGAAGAUAGACAAGGAUUUCCGUCAGAAGGUGAUGCUGGGGACCCCCUUCCUGGUCAUCUGGUUGGUGGGGUUCAUCGCUGACCUGGACGUUGACUCCUGGUUGGCUAAGGGCCUGAUGUACGCAGCCGUGUGGUUGGCUGUUCAGUUCCUCUCCAAGGCGUUCUUCGACCACUCCAUGCACAGCGCUCUGCCGCUGGGGAUCUACCUGGCCACCAAGUUCUGGAUGUACACCACCUGGUUCUACUGGUUCUGGAACGACCUCCCCUUCGCCACGGUCCACGUCCCGUUCCUGCUCAACUCCGUGGCGCUCUUCUACAACUUUGGCAAGUCCUGGAAGUCGGACCCCGGGAUCAUCAAGGCCUCGGAGGAGCAGAAGAAGAAGACCAUCGUGGAGCUGGCUGAGACCGGCAGCCUGGACCUCAGCGUCUUCUGUAGCACCUGCCUGAUCCGGAAGCCAAUCCGCUCCAAGCACUGCGCCGUCUGCAACCGCUGCAUCGCCAAGUUCGACCACCACUGCCCCUGGGUGGGCAACUGUGUGGGAAGUGGUAACCAUCGCUACUUCAUGGGCUAUCUGUUCUUCCUGCUGUGCAUGAUCUGCUGGAUGAUCUACGGCUGCAUCUGCUACUGGAGGAUCCACUGCUCCACCUCCUACUCCCAGGAUGGCUUCUGGCUCUAUCUGACCCAGAUCGCCUCCUGCUCUCCAUGGAUGUUCUGGAUGUUCCUCAACAGCGUCUUCCACUUUAUGUGGGUCGCUGUUCUCAUCCUGUGUCAACUGUACCAGAUCGCCGGUCUCGGCAUCACCACCAACGAAAGGAUGAACGCCCGCCGAUACAAACACUUCAAAGUCACCGCGACCUCCAUCGAGAGCCCCUUCAACCACGGCUGUGUGAGGAACCUGAUGGACUUCUUCGAGGUGCGGUGCUGCGGCCUGAUACGGCCGGUGGCGGUGGACUGGACCGGUCAGUACACGGUGGACUACGACCAGACCGGGGGCUCCGGCUAUCAGCUGGUCUAGAGGCCCCGCCCCCGCCGCCCCCCCCCCCCCCCCCCCCCCCCCCCCCAGAAAUCGCCCCCCCGAGCAGAAGGUCACCUGGCAGGACGCGCAUGAAACACCUCAACACACCCUGCUGCUGCCACGCCCACCUACAACAGCCGGGACCACCAGUACUGCUACAAGUACUACCACCAGUACUGCUCCUAGUACUACCACAGAGUACUGCUACCAGUACUGCUCCUAGUACUACCAACGAGUACUACCACCAAGUACUACCACCUGGUACUGCUACAAGCCCCUAGUACUACCACCUAGUACUGCUACAAGCCCCAAGUGCUACUACCGAGUACUGCUACCACUUAGUACUACCACCUAGUACUGCUAGUAGUACUACUAUCUAGUAUCAUCUAGUUCUGAGUGCUGUCAGUACUAGAUGGUGGUACUAGGUGCUGAGUGCUACCUAGUACGACCAUCUAGUACACACACCAGCACUUCUGCUCCCCAUCAAACCCUCUAUCUCUCCACCAAUAGGAGAAGAGCCCGCCCCCUUCGCCUUUCCUCUUGUUGCCCAUUGGACGGUCUGUGCUGCCAGGCAUGUGUGGUUUGGAGAGGGGAGGAGCCCAGUGUCACAUGAACUCUGACCCCUCCUCCUCCCCCUGCACAUCCCCCCCCCUCCCCCGUUUCUGUUCUGCAUCAUCCAGCGCUCUCGAUUGGCCCGGUUUGAAGCUCCUCCCCCUGCGGGUGUGGUUGUCGGGACAACGGAGGCGGGAGUUUUAUUUGUUUCCUGUUGUUUUUAGAGUUGUUUUAUUUGUUAUUUUGAGUGUGACUUGGAUAAGGGAAAGUCUUUUAAAGGUCCAGAGUUUUGCACGUGUCCGUCUAAGUCCAAUGUCCCGGUCGCCAGGGCAACGGUCCCCAGGGCAACGGUCCCCAGGGCAACGGUCGCCAGGCCAUCGGUCGCCACUGCAACGGUCGCAAGGCCAUCGAUCGCCAGGGCCGUGGACCGACCAGUCUACUGGUGACCCGGAUUGGACCAGUUAACACGAGGAGGUCUCCUGAUGACCUGGACCGACCUGUACCGGUCCAAGGCCGCACAAGAGGUCUCCUGGUGACCAGUACCGACCAGUACCCACCAGGAGGUCUCCUGGUGAGCAGGGCCGACCGCUGACCCUACAGACAAUGUGAUGAGAAGUAGUAUUUAUUUUAAAUAUUUAUAGAUGAAAUAAUGAUGUUGUGGCGAGUCUUGGUUCCCUGUGACCCCGCGACCCUUGACCUAUCAGAGACCCUUUGAGUUUACACCUCCAUUCCACUAGCGUCUCGUCGACGUGUUUCGGUUGGUCUGUACCUUUUUGCACUGAUUCCUUUCUUACUUUUGAGUUCUAUUGUUUUGAGUUCUUCUUCUGUUCGCUCUUCGUCUGCGGAUCAGAAGAUCAGACGAGGGCGCCGCCAUGUUUACAGAGAGGAAGAGAACGGGCCAUAUCCCGGAGAUCCCCCCCCCCCCCCCCCCUCAUCUCCUGCAGUGACAUCACUUCCUGUUCCUUUGUACCCCCUCCUCUCUGCGUGUGUUGGGGUUUCCUGUCGCCCCCCGGUGGAAGCGAGGAACACCAGACUGCGAUAGUUUUGACUGACGGUAGCGUUUAGUGACCUUCGACCCUACCCCGACCACACGUCCACUGCAUGUAUCAAAGCUCGGGACUAUUAUGGGCUGGCCGCGGCCGCCGCUGUACAAAGUGAAUGUUGAGUAUUCGUUUGGUUUGAUGUUCCUCUGUGUUCCUAGCCGCCCAGCUCCUCACUGGAUGUACAAAGUGUAAAGACAGAAGCUGUCCUCCUUCGUUGUUUCUUUUGUAAAAGCUGAAAUGUGAUCAUGCAAUAUUUAAAGGAUUUAUAGGAGGACAUGGACCCAUGCUCGCAUCAUCGCCCCCCCAUGCCCCCCCCCCCCCCUCGGACGGAAGACCCCAGAACCAGCUGUUUAUUUUAUAAGGUCAAAGUUCAGAGGUCGGCCUUCAAUCAAUUAACCCUAACAACAUGGACCCGUGUACCUGUCCAGCCCCACCCCAGAUGACCAACCCACCCUCGCUAACCCCCGACCCCCCCCCCCCCCCCCCUGCUGACCUCGACCCCCCCCCCCCCCCCCCCACUGACCUCAGCCUUUCUUCCAGCAGCAGAGGACCCUUGUUUUUCCCGCCCUGACGCUCCACGAGCACACCUCCCCGGACCCUCCUUUACUCCGGACCCCCCUCGUACCGGACCCUGUACUCCGCUUCAGACGUAGAGAUCUAUCUAUUGGGCAUGGUUCCAUUUUAAUGGCUUUAAUAAUAAAAUACGACGUCCAACACGA